AUGUCGGCACUUCAGCCUCCGGCGCUAGUUUGCGCCAGCCGUAGUCCCUCAGAAACGGGCGUUCGUGAAGUCGCAAAGGUUCUCCGAUUGCUUGACGACGCCCUUGACGAACUGAGCGUGUACUACAAAACCCUUCCCAUUCCACCCCCUGUUCGUGUCUCGUCGUACGGCAAAAAGAGCAGCUCCGGCAAGCACGCAAACAGUACUGCCACGUCUCGUUUUCCUUCCUCAGAUGCUGCUCGAUUUCCGCAUUGGACGUCUUUCAGGAUCGGUGAAAGCGAGUUCACUCUCGCGUACCAACGACGCUUUCCAGGUGAGACAGACUAUGAAAGGACUGUCUUUCUGGCCAAGAUGACAUCGGAGUCCAUCAUGCCACCUGACCGCGACGUUGUCGUCAAAUUCACGCACCGUUACAGCGAACGUGGCCACAGACACCUUGCCGACAACGAUCUCGCACCGACGCUCCAUCACUGCGCGUAUGUCGAGUCCGUGGGGAUGUGGGUGGUAGUCAUGGACGUUGUCGAGGGCCGCACCGCUCACAAAGGGAACAAACUGAGUGCCGAGCAAGGGAAGUCACUCCGGCAUGCGGUCGAACUGCUUCAUGCUAAGGGUUUGGUGUUCGGUGACCUUCGAGAGCCCAAUGUCAUCUUCAAACCGAAUGCUGUCUGUCUCAUUGACUUCGAGUGGUGUGGGCCGUGCGAGGACGUUGAUGGUAAGGGUUUGGGUGUGCGGUACCCCACAGAUGUUGCGAUGGGGUCGGACUACGACUGGGCGGAAGGAGUGGGACCAGACGAGUUUAUUAGGAAGGCGCAUGACUUAUAUCGUCUCGAACAGAUAUGCGGGGCGUAA